AUGUGUGGAAUAUUUGCAUACCUUAAUUAUCAAGUCCCAGUUAGUCGUCAAGUCAUUGUAAACACUUUACUCAAUGGUUUACAUCGACUUGAAUAUCGUGGUUACGAUUCAGCAGGUCUAGCAAUAGAUGCUGUUUGCCCAGAAAAAAAUGGUUUAUGCACUGAUGACAGCCAUAAUACGUUUAUACGAGUUGUACGUUGUAAAGGCAAAGUGGCUUCAUUAGGACAAGCAGUUAAACAGUUUUUAACUGAUGCUGAUCUUCCAAAUGAACCAAUCACAACUCAUGUCGGUAUAGCGCAUACUCGUUGGGCAACUCAUGGUGAACCUAAUGAAGUGAAUGCACAUCCUCAAAGGUCUGGUCCUGAUAAUGGAUUUGUUGUGGUCCACAACGGGAUUAUUACGAAUUAUGUUGAUCUCAAAGCUUUGCUGAAACGACGUGGUUUUACUUUUGAAUCGGAUACUGAUACAGAAGUGAUACCGAAAUUUAUGCAAAUGAUUUAUGAUUCACAUAAGGAAAAUCCAAUUACAUUUUUGGAAGUUGUAGAGCUAGUGGCACAUCAGUUGGAGGGAUCCUUUGCAUUGGCGUGUAAGAGUAGUUAUUAUCCUGGAGAAUGUGUAGUGGCAAGACGUGGUUCACCUAUGCUAGUGGGUAUCAAAAGUCCAAAUGAACUGACCAUGAACCAUAUCCCUGUAUUUUACAGACCAAAUGUAAAACUUUGGGAGGGAAAAGAAGAUUCACACAACCUUAAACGUCUUUGCAGUUCAUCUCCAAACACAACUUACAGUAUUCGACCUCAAGUCAAUGAUGAAGAACAUACAGAGACACCAGAUCAAGUGACACAUUUUUUAAGUGGUGCAGAUGGUCAUCGAGAAAUUGAGUUUUUCUUUGCAAGUUGUGCAAGUGCACUGAUUGAGCAUACAGAUAAAGUUAUCUUUUUAGAAGAUGACGACGUUGCUGCUGUCCGUAAUGGUCAACUGACAAUUCAUCGUUUAUCAAGAAGUGCUUCUGCUACACGUGAAGUUGUCACCCUACAAAUGGAAUUACAACAAAUUAUGAAGGGUAAUUAUGACUAUUUCAUGCAAAAAGAAAUAUUUGAACAACCGGACUCAGUUUUGAAUACAAUGAGAGGUCGAGUGAAAUUUGAUAUGAAUACAGUGAAAUUGGGCGGUUUAGCUGAACACUUAAGUUCAAUUCGCCGGUGUCAUCGACUAAUAUUCAUUGGUUGUGGAACUAGUUAUCAUAGUGCUGUUGCAACACGUGCACUUAUUGAAGAAAUGUCUGAACUACCGGUUAUGGUUGAAUUAGCCAGUGAUUUACUUGAUCGUAAAACGCCAAUAUUUCGUGAUGAUGUCUGUGUAUUUAUUAGUCAAUCUGGUGAGACAGCAGACACUUUAUUAGCUAUGCGUUAUUGUAUUAAUCGGGGUGCAUUAGCUGUUGGCAUAACAAAUACUGUCGGUUCAUCGAUUUCCCGUGAAUCACAUUGUGGAGUGCAUAUCAAUGCUGGUCCAGAGAUUGGUGUGGCUAGUACAAAGGCCUAUACAAGUCAACUGAUCGCUCUGGUUAUGUUCGCCUUAGUAUUAUCUGAAGAUCGUAUAUCACUCCAACCAAGGCGUAUUGGAAUUAUUGAAGCAUUGUCAAAGCUAUCCGAUCAAAUUCGAUCCAUCUUAAAAUUAGAUUCAUCAUUAAAAGAAUUGGCUGAGAAAAUAUAUAUGAAGAAAAGUAUCUUGGUUAUGGGUCGUGGAUACAACUAUGCAACAUGUCUUGAAGGUGCUUUGAAAUUGAAAGAGUUAACCUAUAUGCAUGCUGAAGGUAUUAUGACCGGUGAAUUAAAGCAUGGUCCUCUGGCGAUGAUUGAUAGUGACACGACAAUAAUUAUGAUUAUAACACGUGAUCGAUUAUUUAAAAAAACGACGAAUGCGUUAUCGGAAAUUAGAGCACGCAAGGGUCAUCCAAUUGUCAUUUGUAGUGAAGGUGAUUCUCAGGUUAUGGCUGAAGCAUCAUAUGCUAUUCAAAUACCUGAAACAGUCGAUUGUUUACAAAGUGUACUAGCAGUCAUUCCAUUGCAGUUGAUCUCAUUCCAUAUAGCUGUACAACGUGGAUUGGAUGUUGAUUGUCCGAGGAAUUUAGCCAAGUCAGUAACAGUUGAAUAA